AUGCUGCCCUUCUUAUCCUCUCUCGACAAGAGUCUUCUCUUCGGCGCAUGGCUCGGCGCGUAUGACCAAGUGCAGCGCAUCUUCUCGCCUGCAGUGCCGCACACGGCAGCAGAAUCUGCUCAAGUCACGGAUUUUGUCCAACUAAACCUCACAUCUUACUUCAAUGCUAAGGCCGCGGCGACCAGCGCCGCCAAUGCCAACUUCGAUGGUUCGGGGCGAGCGUAUCCAGCAGAGCUAUUGCCGUCAGCGAGCUCCUUCAACUACUCCGGUCUUGAGUACAUCCUUCCUCCGUUCCAAGACCCAUCAGCCAAUGAUGCGAUCAAAGCGUCGGGUCAAACCAUCGAUAUCCCCGAGCCGCAGCUCUUCCAGUCGUUCAACACCCUCGCGAUCUCAUUCCCCGGUGUCGACGCUGGCAACUUGACCGUCAACUUCGACGACGGCACUUCGACGGAAGUGAGCAUCAUCAUCGCUCCAUGGUACUCCCAGGGAAGCAUGUUUGAUGGACCCAUCUGGGUGCCGUGGCACUACGCGAACCCACAGCUCGACUCAAACCUUACCAGGGAUUACAAUCGUACUCACAUACAGUUCGCUACCGUCAGCCUGCCGUCGGACAAGAACAUUACCUCCAUAGGCUUGCCUUCUUCGGACGCCCAACAGGCAUUCUUCGCGAUCACCCUCGUCCCUGCUGUGCCCGAGAUUAUUGCUCCCGCGCUCAGCAUCCAGAAUGUGCGCUCGACGACCAAGUGGCUCAAUGAAGGCGCAACAGGCGACGACCGUAUACAGAUCGUGGAGGUCACUAUCAACAAUCUCGCACGGCUCAACGCUUCGCUCGACGCCUGGAUCACUUCGAAGACGUCUGUAUCACUGUCGUCUUCAUCAUUGACCACUGUCACCCCCGGAACUUUCGUCCGCCUUCGCCCGGACGACCAGAUCGUUGUCAAUGUUGGCGUUCAGAAUGCUGCUGGUAUCGCUGCGGGUACAUCUUCGACAGCAACUGUGACCAUCUCAGAUGCGAACGGGACAAGUCUUGCUGUGGCUCGUGCAACGGAGCCGUGGUCCGUCACCGCAGGCAUACCGGACUGGCAGAACACAGACGACAGCCUCAUGACGCACGAGUCUCCGGAAUGGUAUGACGACGCCAAGUUCGGUAUCUUCAUACAUUGGGGAGUCUUCAGCGUCCCGGCCUGGGCACCCUCCGGCGAGCAAUACGCCGAAUGGUAUGACUGGUGGCUACACAACCCUCCGAACAACAGCUCGGCUAUCUGGGAGCAUCACCUUGAGACCUACGGACCUGAUGUUGUUUACGAUGAUUUCAUCGCAAACUUUACCGCAGAAGGCUGGAGCCCCGACGACUGGAUCGACCUCAUUGCGGAUGCCGGGGCGAAGUACUUCGUCAUAGUCACCAAGCACCAUGACGGGUUUGCUCUUUUUGACACCAAAAACACCAGCAACCGCAACUCCUUACUCCUCGGACCCAAGCGCGACAUCAUCCAAGAUGUUAUGACCAGCGCUAAAACGCGCGCCCCGCAACUGCGCCGCGGCACCUACUUCUCCCUCCCAGAAUGGUUCAACCCUGACUAUGGACCCUACGGACACGGACAAUGGCCUGGCCACCCAGCUCUCAAUGCAUUCAACGGGUCGUGCUGCGAUCCUUUCAUCGGUUACGUUCAUGUGGAUGACUACAUCACGGACUUGCAAGGUCCCCAGAUGGAGAUUCUGUUCACAGAUCCGCGCUAUGAGACUGACAUACUCUGGUGUGACAUCGGUUACGCGAGUGCAUUCCCCAGCAUCGGUGGUACUUGGUACAACUAUGCUGCCGGUCAAGGUCGACAGGUUACGCGCGACGACCGAUGCGGUUCGAAUAUGACCGACUUCGUGACGCCAGAGUACGCAACAUACCCGGCCACCCUUUCUCAGAAGUGGGAGACCACCGAGGGUAUCGACCCCUUCAGCUUCGGCUACAACCAGGAUACGCCUCCAUCUGGAUAUCAGUCCACCGAAGAGCUGAUUCCCAAAUUCAUAGAUAUCGUAUCCAAAGGCGGCAAUUACCUACUUGACAUCGGUCCGACCGCCAAUGGCAGCGUUGUACCGGAGAUGACCCAACCCCUUCUUGCAAUGGGAAAGUGGCUGAACUCAUCUGGCGCUGCUAUAUACGGCACGCGCCCCUGGUGGAUCGCCAACGCAGACCAGUCAGACGGCCACACCAACGUGCGCUUCACGACUACACUGGACGCCUUCUACAUUAUCGCCCUCACUGAACCUUCGGACGGCGCACUCACGACACCCGCUCCGGUACCCAUCGUUGCGAAUGACACAGUCACGAUGCUCGGCGGAACCGGCAAAGCCUUGAACUGGACGGUCACUGACGGCGUCUUCAGUAUCGAAGUGGAUAGCGACGAGCUCUCCAUGGUCCAAUACGCGUGGGCCUUCCAGGUUGCGUAUUCGCAGUAG